GGAUACCUCUAACCACAUCUAGCUAACGUGUCAUGUUGAUAUCUCAUCUUGUUUUCUUGCCAAUUCCAUCACUGAUAUUAAAAUCCCUUAAAUACACGCAAGUUUAAUUUCCUUCGGUGAGUGAACCAAACAUGGCAGAAUCCUCCAAGGCGGUCAGUUUAACUGUUGAACAGGAACAACCUGAAGCAAAGCCUCCUCACGAGGGUUUGUUUCUGGUCUUGACAUAUCUUCCUGUGUACGAGGUUGUGCUCAUGUCUCAGGUUUGCACAUCACUGAGAGAUGCAGUCAACAAUGACAUAUUACCAUGGUUGAAUGUUACUGUUGAAUGGCCUCUUAAUUGGCGACUCAACGAUGAGAUUCUAUUUAAAGUCGCCUCUAAGGCCAAUGGUAGCCUCAAAACUCUAACUCUCAUCAGCUGCACGCGUGUUACCGAUGACGGGCUCCAGAGGGUCGUGGAACAAAACCCUCUCAUAAACAAGCUGCGUAUACCAGGGUGCACAGGUAUAACCCCUGAAGGAGUUCUCAGAGCCGUGAAAACACUAUGCCAAAAAAGCAAUUGCUUGAAGACCUUAAGUAUAAAUGGCAUUUACAACGUACAGAAGGAUCAUCUUGACAUGCUUAUCAUGAACCUGAGAAAGAAUCAACCAACAGAGGAGCAGCAGCCUGUCUACUAUCAUGAACGAGGUACCCUUUCGGUAUUUAAGCAUGAAGAGAGCCAACGGCUCAUUGAUUUGGAUAUAUGCCCCAGGUGCUCUGAGGUGAGGAUGGUUUAUGAUUGCCCCAGAGAGCCUUGCACGAGGAAGGAAUGGCCACUAUCCCCGUGUAGGGGUUGCAAAUUUUGCAUUCCAAGGUGUGAAAACUGCGGUGGAUGCAUCGAAUCCGGAGAAGUGGAAGAGGGAGCUUGUGAAGACAUAUUCUGCCUUGAAUGUUGGUUACAGCUUCCAAAAUGCAGUUUCUGUAACAAACCAUACUGUAAGCAACACUCAAAUUGGUGGUGCACUUCUUCAGACUCUUCAUUGAUCUGUAAAGUUUGUGAUGAAAACUCUCACGGAUAUACCUAUACUGAUGUUCUAUAAUGAAGUACAACUUGGGAUAAGUUCCCGUAACUUCUGCUA